AUGUUGAAAAAUAAACGAAAGGGACAGCAUGGCGACGAUGUGUUAAAUAACAAUGGAGAGAAUGAAUACAGUGAAGAAGCACAUUAUGCGGGAAAUAUUAAACACGAAGGAUCAAGGCAUUUUGAAAUAGGCGAUUAUUUAUCCAAUAAAGAGAAUUCAGGUGUUUUUAAAACGUUUUUCCUAUUUGUACUAUUACUUAUAUUAUCACCCAUAAUUUUAAUAGGUUUAUACAAAUACUUAUUUAUAUUUUGUUUGAGAAUGACAAAAAAUAACGCUUUAUUAUAUAGUAUAUAUUUUGUGAUUCUCUAUAUAUUUUCACUAACAAUACUGUAUGCUUAUUUGGCCUUUCAAGAAGACAACCGUUAUUUAAAUACCGAAAAAAAUAAAAAAAAGACCAUGUGA